AUGGCCAGCCAGCAGGACUCAGGUUUCUUUGAGAUCAGCAUCAAGUCUCUGCUAAAGUCCUGGAGUGGUACGUCUCCUGGGUACAGUAAGCCGCCCAUACUGCCGGUGAGUAGCCCCCAGAGUGAGAGUGGCCCCCCCGCCGUGAUGUCGGUCAGUAUUGACCCAGAGAGCAGACCGGGCGAGUACAUUCUGAAGAGUCUCUUUGCCAACUUCACCACGGUCUCAGAGCGCAAGAUCCACAUCAUCAUGGCAGAGCCACUGGAAAAACCAUUAACCAAGUCUCUGCAGAGGGGUGAGGACCCACAGUUUGACCAACUGAUUAACAGCAUGAGUUCUUUGGCUGAAUACUGUCUUCCGUCCAUCCUACGCACGCUCUUUGACUGGUACAGGAGACAGAACAGCACAGAUGAUGAGUCACAUGAGUACAGACCAAGGUCCAACACCAAGUCUAAAAAUGACGAGCAGCAGAAGGAUUACCUGCUGGAGAGGAGAGAUCUGGCCAUUGAUUUCAUCUUCUCUCUCAUACUAAUAGAAGUGCUGAAACAGCUGCCGUUACAUCCGGACCUCGAUGGCCUUGUCCAUGAAAUCAUUCACUUGGCUUUUAAACACUUUAAAUACAAAGAAGGAUAUCACGGUCCCAACGCUGCUAACAUGCACAUUGUAGCAGACCUGUAUGCAGAGGUCAUUGGAGUCUUAGCCCAGGCAAAGUUUCCUGCAGUGAAGAAGAAGUUUCUGAUGGAGUUGAAGGAGCUCCGUCAGAAGGAGCAGAGCCCGUACGUGGUGCAGAGCACCAUCAGUCUCAUAAUGGGGGUGAAGUUUUUUCGGGUGAAGAUGUACCCUGUGGAGGACUUUGAAGCCUCUUUUCAGUUCAUACAGGAGUGUGCUCAGUAUUUCUUGGAAGUGAAGGACAAAGACAUCAAGCAUGCCCUGGCCGGUCUGUUUGUAGAGAUACUUGUCCCUGUCGCGGCAGCUGUGAAGAAUGAGGUAAAUGUUCCCUGUCUGAGGAAUUUUGUGGAGAGUUUGUAUGACACCACCCUUGACUUGUCGUCCAGGAAGAAGCACUCUCUGGCCCUGUACCCUUUGGUCACCUGCCUACUGUGUGUCAGCCAGAAGCAGUUCUUCCUCAACAAAUGGCACAUGUUCCUCAACAACUGUCUCUCCAACCUGAAGAGCAAGGACCCGAAAAUGGCCCGGGUAGCACUAGAGUCCCUAUACCGUCUCCUUUGGGUCUACAUGAUCCGAAUUAAAUGUGAGAGCAACACUGCGACACAAGGUCGCCUCAAUACCAUUGUGAUCACUCUGUUCCCUAAGGGAUCCCGCAGUGUGCUCCCCAGAGACAUGCCCCUCAACAUCUUUGUCAAGAUCAUACAGUUUAUCGCGCAGGAGCGACUGGAUUUUGCCAUGAAAGAAGUUAUCUUUGAUUUACUGUGUGUGGGGAAAUCUGCCAAAGCAUUUAGUCUUAAUCCAGAGAGGAUGAACAUUGGAAUCAGAGCAUUCCUAGUCAUCGCUGACAAGCUCCAGCAGAGGGAUGGGGAACCCCCCAUGCCCAACACAGGGGUCACGCUGCCCUCUGGUUACACGCUGCGUGUCAAAAAGACCUUCCUCAGUAAGACACUGACUGAAGAAGAAGCCAAAGUCAUAGGAAUGUCUAUGUAUUACUCUCAAGUGCGGAAAGCUCUAGACAAUAUUCUGCGGCAUCUGGAUAAGGAAGUGGGACGGUGCAUGAUGUUGACCAACGUUCAGAUGCUUAAUAAGGAACCUGAGGACAUGAUUACGGGGGAAAGAAAGCCGAAAAUCGACCUCUUCAGGACAUGUGUGGCAGCCAUCCCACGGAUCCUUCCGGAUGGCAUGUCCAAAGCAGAACUCAUAGACCUGCUGGCCCGACUGACAAUUCACAUGGACGACGAGCUACGGCUCAUUGCACAGAAUUCCCUGCAGAGCCUGCUGGUCGACUUCUCAGACUGGCAGGAGGAUGUUCUGUUUGGAUUUACUGGCUUCCUGCUGCGUGACGUUCAGGACACACACCAGAGCCUGUUGGACAAGUCCCUCAAACUGCUACUGCAGCUGCUCACCCAGUGGAGACUGGCUCUGCUCAGCCCAAACAAGAACCAUGACCCAGUCAGAAUGUGCUCCACAGAGGUUGGUCAGAGACUGGCUGGGGACCGUGGUGCCCACUCUGCCAUGCUGCAUGCAGUGGAAGGUCUGGCCUUGGUUUUACUCUGCUCAUGCCAGACCGCCACCCGCAAAAUGGCUGUUCUCAUCCUCAAAGAGAUACGCCUCAUCUUCCUCAUCCUCGGACAGGCAGAGGAUGAUGACAGGCCGUUGAUUGAGGUGAUGGACAGGCUGAGCUCAGCGGUGCUGGAGAGCUUUGCCCAUGUGGCGGUGUCUGACUCGGCUGCCCUGGCUGCUGCGCACCACGUGGACCUGCAGUGGCUUGUCGAGUGGACUGCUGUACUGCUCAACAGCCACUAUGACAUCCGAAGCCCCUCCCAUGUCUGGAUCUUCGCCCAGUCCGUGAAGGAGCCAUGGGCCCUGUGUCUGUACAGCCUCCUCAGACAGGAGCACCUGCCCAAACAGUGCCCUACCGCCCUGAGCUAUGCCUGGCCCUACGCUUUCACACGCCUCCAACUCCUCAUGCCUCUGGUGGACCCCAAUAACCCAACCUAUGCGAAGAGGAUGAGUGCAGCUAGCCCAGGGGACAGCUAUGUCAGUCUGUGGAGAAACUACUUGAUCCUGUGCUUCGGUGUGGCCAAACCCAGUAUCAUGAGCCCCGGUCAUCUGAGAGCAUCCAUGCCAGAGGUCAUGACCCCCACUGCAGACAGCACUGUUGGCUAUGACAACAAGGUCAUCGGGACCCCAUCUGUGGCCUGGCUCCUGAAGCAGCUGGUCCCAAUGAUGAGGGCAGAGAGCAUUGAGAUCACAGAGUCCCUCGUGCUGGGCUUUGGAUGCACAAACUCUCUGGUUUUCAGAGAGCUGAUAGAGGAACUCCAUCCUCUGAUGAAAGAAGCUCUAGAGAGGAGGCCAGAGAAUAAAAAACGUAGGGAGAGGAGGGACCUCCUGAGACUGCAGUUACUCCGUAUUUUUGAGCUACUCGCUGACUCUGGAGUUAUUAGUGACAGUACUAAUGGUGCUUUGGAACGAGAUACUCUAUCUCUUGGUGCUCUAUUCCUGGAGUAUGUUGACUUGACCCGGAUGCUUCUGGAAGCUGAGAGUGAUAAGGAUGUGGAAAUCCUCAAAGAUAUACGUGCCCACUUCAGCACCAUGGUGGCUAACUUCAUCCAGUGUGUUCCUGUGCACCACCGCCGUUUCCUCUUCCCACUGCACAGCCUGCGACACCACCUCUUCAUCCUCUUCAGCCAAUGGGCAGGACCCUUCAGCAUCAUGUUCACGCCCAUCGAUCGCUACCGGGACCGGAACCAGCAGAUCACCAGAUACCAGUACUGUGCCCUUAAGGCUAUGUCAGCUGUGCUUUGCUGCGGGCCAGUGUUUGACAAUGUUGGCCUCUCCUCGGACGGAUACCUCUAUAAGUGGCUAGAUAAUAUUCUAGCGUGUCAGGACCUACGGUUGCACCAGCUGGGCUGUGAGGUGGUAAUUCUGCUGCUGGAGCUGAACCCUGACCAGGUGAACCUGUUUAACUGGGCUGUCGACCGCUGCUUCACUGGGACCCACCAGCUCACAUUGGGCUGUUUCAAAGCCUUGGCUAUUGCCUGUGGCACCAGGAACUACCCUUGUGACACUGUCACCCUACUGAAUCUUGUCCUCUUCAUGGCUUCUGACACAAACAGAGACAUUUAUGAAAUCUCUAUGCAGCUGAUGCAGGUCCUGGAGACAAAGCUGUUUGUGUAUAAUAAGAAGAUUGCAGCACAGAAGCCAGGCAGUAUUCUGUACGGCACUCACGGAUCCCUGCCACCUCUCUACAGUCUGUCCCUCUCUCAGCUCUCUCAACGGCUCGCCACGAUGUACCCUGAACUCACUCUGCCCAUCUUCUCAGAGGUCAGUCAGAGGUUCCCGACCACUCAUCCCAAAGGCAGACAGAUAAUGCUCACCUACCUUCUACCCUGGCUCACUAAUAUUGAGCUAGUGGACAGCGGCCUGUUACCUCCAGCCUCAAGCUCCAUCACCACCCAGGAGGAGAACAAACUGUACCCCGGCAGCGUGCCCAGCCCUGCGCCACUGAGAGGCACAGGCUGGGGAUCUCUCCAGGCCACAUCGUUUGUCCUCAACAACCUCAUGUAUAUGACGGCCAAGUAUGGUGACGAUGUGGCAGGACCAGAGAUAGAGAAUGCCUGGAAUGUCCUGGUCAGCAAUGACAGGUGGAGCAACAACCUGCGCAUCACUCUACAGUUCCUCUUCAGUCUGUGUGGGGUUAGCAGUGACACUCAGCUCCUGCCCCAUAUAAAGAAGGUUGUGAUUUACCUCUGUCGGAACAACACUGUUUACAGCAUGGCUGAGCUGCUGUUUGAGCUGCAGCAGACAGAUCCUGUCAACCCUGUGGUUCAACACAGUGACAACCCACCCUUUUACCGUUUCUCUGCCACCAGCAAGAUCAGCACUGUGGCCUCAGGUUCUACCUCUAGUGCAAACACAGUGGUUGCAGGCCAGGAGAACUGUCCCGAUACAGAUGAAGCAAAAAUCGCCAGAGAAAAUGAGGGCAGACUGAGCAGCAUGAUUCGGGCCCACAAUCGACUGGAGUCACGCUACAGCAACAGCUCCGGAGGCUCUUACGACGAGGAAAAGAAUGAGCCUUUGCCGCCGUAUGCUGGCUGGUUAAUGAACGUUCUGGAGACUAAUCAGCCACUCCCGCUGCCCAUGCCCGUUCACGGUGGCUGUUGGGCACCGCUGGUGGACUACCUGCCCGAGACCAUCACACCCCGUGGGCCUCUGCACAGGUGUAAUAUUGCGGUAAUCUUCAUGGCUGAACUGGUAGUAGAUCACAGCGUGACAGAAGAUUGGGCUGUGCACCUGCCUCUACUGCUCCAUGCUCUCUUUCUGGGUAUGGAUCACCAUAGACCGGAGGUGUUUGAACACAGCAGACAGCUGCUCCUCCACCUGCUCAUCACACUCUCCUGCCGAAGCCACUUCCAUAACAUCGCCUCCAUGCUCCUGCAAAGCAGAGACACCAACAGCAGCAAGAGCCUCAUCAUCACACCCAGCUUUCAACCAGAAUACAACUGCACAGGUGGGGUGGACUUCCUGCGGGAGUGCCAGACUUCUCCCGUGCCAGACUCAGGCCUCAGCUCCUCCUCCACCUCAUCCAGUCUGAGUUUGGGAGGGAGCAGUGGAAACCUGCCCCAGGUCACACAGGAGGUGGACGACCUGGAGAGCAGCACAGAGGUGGAGGAGAAGACCAACAAGCUCAUUGAGUUCAUCACCACCCGGCCUUAUGGACCUUUAUGGAGCCACGAGGACAUCACACCAAAGAACAACAGCUGUAAAAGUUCAGAGCAGCUCACCAACUUCCUGCGCCAUGUUCUGUCUGUGUUCAAAGAGUCCAAAUCAGAUUUCUGUUUGGAGCAGCAACUCAGUGAUGUGGCCUUACAGACAGCUCUGUGCAGCUCCUCCAGGCACUACGCCGGACGCUCCUUUCAGAUCUUCAGGGCCCUCAGACAGCCCCUCUCCGCCCUGGCCGUAUCCGACCUGAUGUCCCGCCUCGUGGAGGUGGUCGGAGAGCACGGAGAGGAGGUGCAGGGCUAUGUGAUGGAGGUGCUCCUCACGCUGGAGUCUGUGGUUGACAACCUGGCCGAGUGUCUGAAGAACAAUGAUCUGAUGGUGGCUCUGACAAGGGCGUCCUCCCCAGACUUCAUCACCAACAGUAAACUGACGUCCAAACGUAAGAGCACCGGACAGCUUAACCUGGUCACCCCUGCGACGGGGGUGGCCGAGCGAAGCCGGCAUCAGCGUAGUUACUCAGUACCCAAGAGGUUUGGUGAAGCAGAGCGGUCCAUGGAUAUCCCCCGUAGUGCCACCCUGGACCGGAUCCAUGCCUGCACACAUCAGAUGGGACUGGGGAAAACCCAUGGCUCCUCUUCCUCCAGGGACAACAUGGCCGACCAGACCAACAUCAACCACCCUAGCAACCUGCUGGCCACAGUCUUCUGGGCAUCCGUCUCGCUCAUGGAGUCAGACUUUGAGUAUGAGUACCAGAUGUCCCUCAGGCUCCUGAAUAAGCUGCUGGGACACAUUUCGUUGGACAAGCAGGAGAACAGGGAGAAACUGGAGAAGCUGCAGACCCAGCUGGGGUGGAGUAAUUUCAGUGGACUACAGCAGCUGCUCCUGAAGGGGUUCACCUCCGCCUCCACCACGGAGCUCACACUGCAGGUCCUCAGUCAGCUGACUCCUGUGUCCCGCGUUCCUGUGGUCGACUCCUCGCAGACCAUAGGUUUCCCACUGAAUGUCCUGUGCCUGCUGCCUCAUCUCGUGCAGAACUUUGACUCCCCUACUCCGUUUUGUAUAGAUGUCGCUGUAAGGAUUGCCCAGAUAUGCCUGGAAGAGAAGAAUGCCAAGCUGUCCAACCUGGCCCAUGUGAUGACACUGUAUAAAACACACUCGUACACUCGAGACUGCUUCUCCUGGGUCAAUGUGGUGUGUCGCUACUUACACGAGGCCUUCCCUGACUAUACCAUCAGUAUGGUCACCUACAUGUCAGAGUUGUUGGAGAAAGGAUUAUCGAGUAUGCAACAGACUCUUCUCCAGAUCAUAUACAGCCUGUUGAGUCAAAUGGACCUCAGAGGAAUUCAGGCCAAGUCUUUUAACGUGGAGGUGCUCAAGACUAUUGAAAAGUUUGUUCAGACGGUGCAUUGGAAAGAAGCCUUGAACAUUCUCAAACUGGUAGUGUCACGUUCUGCCAGCCUGGUCUCACCAUCCUAUACAUCCGGAACCUUCUCUCAGGUUAACAUCAGCCGUGUGUGGGACGGCUCCACCAAAGCACUGCCCGGGAAAACACUAGACUUCCACUUUGACAUCUCUGAGACCCCUGUGAUUGGCAGAAGGUAUGAUGAUCUACACAGCUCUGCAGGGAGAGAUGGGAAGAAUAGGGGUGUAGCUGUAACCCGCAGCACCUCCUCCUCCACCUCCUCUGGCUCCAACAACAACAGCGUACUGGUUCCUGUUAGCUGGAAGAGACCUCAGUCAUCACAGAAGAGAACUCGAGAGAAGCUGGUGAAUGUGUUGUCUUUGUGUGGGCAGGAAGUCGGUCUCACGAAAAACCCAUCGGUGAUCUUCUCCUCCUGUGGAGAACUGGACCUGAUGGAGCUCCAGCCAAGUCUGCUCUCCUCUGAGGAGGGCACGCGUGACCCGGAUAAUAUGGACGACACAGCCUCAGAGCAGCAGUUCCGUGUUUUCCGGGAUUUUGACUUCCUGGAUGUGGAGUCAGAAGAUGGGGAGGGUGAGGCAGUGGACAGUUUUAACUGGGGUGCACGGAGGCGUUCCAUUGACAGUCUGGAGCGUGGGGAACUGCAGCAGUUCCUGGAGAGCCAGCUGUCGGGGAGCAGUCCCAGCCUGGUCCAGGCCACGCAUGAUGACUCUGAUGACUCCUCUGAGGAAGAGUCACUCACUGCCAGUCAGAUCCUCUCACACUCACAGCUGAUUGUCAGCCUGUCUCCAACUGAGGAUUCUAAUCACUCAGACUCUCUGUCCGCCUCUUUCGACACCGUCUUGGCUGAGCCCCUCUCCCUCAGUCCCCGCGGCCCUAGUCCCCACGCCCCCAGCUUUGAGAUCUCGCUACCUGAAGACUCCAGUCAACGAGUGAAUAAGAAUGAAACAUCGACAGAGGAAGAAAAUGGCCAUGAGGAAGACCUCUCACUGUCUCUUGGCUUUGACCGCCCAGACCGUCUUCCUCUGGCCAUCAUUCAGGGAGAGGACAAUGGUGAACUGGAUCCAGACCUGGACCCGGACUUGGAGGAAGAGAAAGAGGAUCUGCUGGAGUGCCGUUCCUCUCCUCCUCCUUCUCCUUUCUUCUCUGCCAUCCUGGCAGCAUUCCAGCCAGCCACCUGUGAUGACGCUGAGGAGGCCUGGCAAAGUCACAUCAGUCAGUUGGUGUCUGACAAUGAUGGCUCCUGUGCCAUUUACACUUUUCAUAUCUUCUCCGCCCUCUUCCAGAGUAUUCAGACCAAAUUCUGCUCUUUAACCUGCGAUGCAGCCAGUUACCUUGGUGACAGCCUGCGUGGUAUAGGGACAAAGUUUGUGAGGUCAUCGCAGAUGCUGACGGCCUGCUCAGAGUGUCCUACACUCUUUGUGGAUGCAGAAACUAUCAUCUCUUACGGACUUCUUGAGAAGAUGAAAUUUAGUGUUUUGGAGCUGCAGGAAUACCUGGACACCUACAACAACAGGAAGGAAGCAGCAAUAUCCUGGCUUCGUAACUGCAAGGCCACCUUUCCAAAAUGCUGUGGGGAGGGAGAGAUGAGGAGCCAGACCGCUGAAUCUGAGGAGAGGCAACUGGAGCUGUGUCAGCGACUCUACAAACUCCACUUCCAACUCCUGCUGCUUUUUCAGUCUUACUGUAAACUGAUUGCUCAGGUCCAUGUCAUCAGCUCCGUACCAGAGCUUCUGAACAUGUCCAAAGAGCUUAACGACCUGAGGAGAAACCUGCGAGAGGCAGCUGCCUCAGUGGCCCGUGACCAGGCUGUCCAUGACAGAUGCUCCUCUGAGCCCACCUCCUCUCAGCCCACCUCCGCCUUCUCUGAGCCCUCCACCACCUCCUCUCAGCCCAUCUUCGCCUCAUCUGAGGCCGCUGUGCAGGGCAUCCUGGAGAGCCUGAGAGAAAACAGCUUCUCCACAGCCAUCCGCUAUAUACAAGAGUGCAGGAGACUAUGGCCCAGUGACAUCUUUGGAAGCAGCUCAGAGGACGAGACCCAGACCUUGCUCAACAUCUAUUUUCGCCACCAGACCUUGGGUCACACGGGCACGUUUGCUUUGGUGGGCUCCAAGCAGGACCUGUCAGAGAUCUGCGGCAAGCUGAUGGAGCUUAAUGGAGAGAUUCGGGACAUGAUCCGCCGUGCUCAGGGCUAUCGGGCCAUCACCGCCUUCCUCCCUGACUCCAGUGUUUCUGGAAUCAGUCUCUGA